CUCGGGGUGGAGCCGGCAGGUUUUCUAUCAGAUGUUCCACGUAAUAAUGCUGGAGUUAAGAAGUUUCCAUUGUUUUGCUCCAAACCAGAAGACUCUGUUCCCUGUAUAUAGAAUAGGAGUAAUGUUUGAAAACAGCUGGCUGAUGUUUAAAACUGAAGAUUGUCAUGAUUGUUUAUCCUAAUUCUAAUGCUGAAGUAAGAUUGUCUUGGAAAUACUAAGUUGGAAUUUGGUACUUAAAAGCAUGAAGUUUGGAAUCAAAUCAACCUAAGAUUCCAGCUCUGGCACUUUACUAACACCUAACCACUUCAAGAUCCAGCUUAUAUAUCUUUAAGGGUAAUCCAAAUCUACUUCUGGAACCAUGAAAAUUUUGCUAGUUUUUGACUUUGACAAUACAAUCAUAGAUGACAAUAGUGACACUUGGAUUGUACAAUGUGCUCCCAACAAAAAGCUUCCUAUUGAACUACGUGAUUCUUAUCAAAAAGGAUUUUGGACAGAAUUUAUGGGCAGAGUCUUUAAGUAUUUGGGAGAUAAAGGUGUAAGAGAACAUGAAAUGAAAAGAGCAGUGACAUCAUUGCCUUUCACUCCAGGGAUGGUGGAACUCUUCAACUUUAUAAGAAAGAAUAAGGAUAAAUUUGACUGCAUUAUUAUUUCAGAUUCAAAUUCGGUCUUCAUAGAUUGGGUUUUAGAAGCUGCCAGUUUUCAUGACGUAUUUGAUAAAGUGUUUACAAAUCCAGCAGCUUUUAAUAGCAAUGGUCAUCUCACUGUAGAAAAUUAUCAUACUCAUUCUUGCAAUAGAUGCCCAAAGAAUCUUUGCAAAAAGGUAGUUUUGAUAGAAUUUGUAGAUAAACAGUUACAACAAGGAGUGAAUUAUACACAAAUUGUUUACAUUGGUGACGGUGGAAAUGAUGUCUGUCCAGUCACCUUUUUAAAGAAUGAUGAUGUUGCUAUGCCACGGAAAGGAUAUACCUUACAGAAAACUCUUUCCAGAAUGUCUCAAAAUCUUGAGCCUAUGGAAUAUUCUGUUGUAGUUUGGUCCUCAGGCGUUGAUAUAAUUUCUCAUUUACAAUUUCUAGUAAAGGAUUAAUAUGCCAGCAA